GAUGGCCUCGAAGAGUGCUCCGUUGCCGGAGAAGGAACGGAAGGGUCGGAUGCUGCAUUUCUCGGUCAACAUAUUGAGGGGCAGCCGGGGCGUGGAGGGGGCGGGCUCAUUUGGGUGCUUGAAGUGCUUGAAUUGCUUGAAUGUGAACCAUCAUCGUAAUAGCACAUCUCAUCGUCUUCUUCUCUCGGCGGGAGAUCUGUAAUUGGUGACAAGCCAGUUGAGUGGAGGAGAGUGAUACAUGCGGACAGACAGACGGUCGAUCGUGAGGAUCGAGAGGACUACUUGGGCUAGGGUUUAAGGUGUAUCCAAAUUGAAACUAAUGGUGGAGUGAGGAUCGAGAGGGAGAAUAGACGCCGUCUCUUUAAUACUCACGUGAGAUUCACUCGCUGGAAUCGAUCCGGGGUUGAAACGCUGGCUUCUGCUGGGAACCAUGGAGUUGGAGAGAUCGUCGAGGAGGAAGAAGAAGUUCGACGUUGAAGCAUCUUCGAGCAGGUCGAGCGGGGCGAGACGAACCUGUGCCUACAAGAGAUUCCCAAAUUAUUCGAACAUUGCAGAUCAGGCGUUUAAGUCGCUCUUGGAGACUUGUGGAUUGGAUCAAUUGUACGCAUGUUUGAAGUGGCGAUGGACUCCGGUCGACUUCAUCGUGGACUUUGUCGGCCAUACGCAGAUUCAAGAAAGCACUCGCUUCGAAGAUACGAUUAUUCUGUACUACCCUCGUGGUAGCGGGACUCCCAUGCUUUUCACCAUGCAUAACGUAGCUGCAACCUUCAAGCUCGACCUUCAAGGAUUCUAUGUGGACAAAGCCACAUGUAAGGACGUCGACAUGAAUGAUCGAUACCGAAUGCAGAAGACACCGAUGGGAGACACUUACUUUCCAGUCACCUCAGCAGCCUCAAAUGGCCUCUACCUCCUCGCCAAAUUCGUCAUGCAGGUGAUUUUCCAAAGCCGGAAUCCUUUGAAAGGUUCCAUUGUCUGCAUGAGGCAUCUGCAAGUCGCUCUCGAUGGCAAGCCCGUAGCCUGGGGCAAGCUGCUGUGGAAGUUCCUUGUCAAGAGAUUGCUCAGCUGCCAGCAACAAGAGGGCGCCCGGGAUUUCCAUUCCAAGUUGAAGUCCUCUUACGUCGGCCUGGCUGCUGUCAUCGCAGCUGUACUGCUGAGAGUCGAGAUUAAUAGCAUACCUGACCACGAGGAGUGGUACUCUAACCUCUUGUGUUCUCUGCCAGAGACCGAGAAUUCCAGUUCAGACUAUUUCGAGUCUCUACAAAGUGAUGAGCCAAAGUACUCGUCAACAGAGGAGAAGGAUAGCUCCAGCUGUGGGCAAAUCAGUGGUUCCCGAGAAUUUGUUGAGCAUCAGGAGGAGGAGGAGGAGGAUUCGCAAGUUGAGAUCCUCGAGGUGGUGAGUGAAGAUGAUGAAAUGUCAAAGGUUGGCCGAGCUUUUCCAGCUAAUAAGACCGGAGGUCAAGGACAACGAUCAGCACCAGUGAGGGGUGGUGAUAACGCAGAAGGAAGUGACUUAAAUCAAUGGGGCAUGAGAAGGAAGAGGAUGAGGGCGAUGGCUUCGAUGGAGGUCACCAACGCGGACUUGGACGGAGAGAGAAGUGCAUGGGACGAGGAUGAAGACGAUAAUUCCGAAUUAUCAAAUGUUCGACGAGAUGUUCCUGGAAAGAGGAGGAAAGCACUCUUCGAAGGACGAGUGGAGCGGAUGUUCCAACCUACAAAAAAGCUCAAACAUGAUGGGAUUGAAGACCUUCCUGAGCAAGAAAUGAUGGAGCAAAUAACGGACGCAGUGUACAAUUUGAGGGAGAAUACUCAGAUUGAAAAGCACCAAAAGAAUCACAAGAGGACGGAGAUAAUGAGUUUCAGCAGAGACGUCGUAGAGUCUGUUUCCAACGCUAAUAGGAUCCUUGCCAAUACACUUGAGCUCAUGGAAGAAACCGUGCUACAGAAAUCCGACCGUGUCAAUCAAAAAUACGAAGCUGCAAGGUGUCUGAUCUCUCAAAGAAGUGGUACGAUGACUGGUGAGGAGGACGAGGAGUGCUUAGGCAAGGAUUGCCAGGAUGACGAUCGAGAGGCUGCGAAAAAGAAAUACUAUGAGAACGUGGCAACUGCCGACUUGAGCCACGAAAUUAUGAAUUUAAAAAAGGAUAUGAAGUUGAUGAAUCUGUAUCUUCAUGUGAACGCUAUAAAGCUGGAUCAGAGAGAGGUAGAAGUCAAAUCGAUUAUAGAAGGAAUCGAGAUUCUGCUGUGCUCCUUAUAUUCAUUGCAGGAGAAACUACUCGAAGAUCAAAUAUUCGACGAGAUCAGACAACUUCUGCAAUUGAAACUAGUCGCGCUCGACAAACUGGUUGAAAACAUACGAGAUUUGAACGAAGAUCUGAAACUGCAACAGGAAAAGGUGGACAACGAAAUGGAAAUGCUGGACCUGAAGGAAGACGAAAUCAAGACGAGCAGAUUUCAGUGAUGGCAUGAAGACCAUACAUUCAUUACUAAUAGCAAGGUUUGAUGCUUCAGAAUGUGGAGAUUGUUGAGUAUAUCUGUCGAAACCUCUAUGUUCAAGGGGAACGAAACCAGAUCUACAUUGAUUCUAUUUGUCAGGAUGGAACUAUGUACAUAUGUUUUUUAGAAUGCAGUUACUAAAUCUAGUGUC